AAAAUAUUUUGGCUAAGUUUUUAAUACGAAAAUAGUUUGAAAAAUUAUAAAAACAAAAGAACAAGUGUAGCUAUAUAAGCUUAGUGUUAUUACCACAAGAAAACAAGUGAAACUACAAACGUUUUCGUUUUCUCUAAUCAAAUAUCACACUGUUCCUCUAAAUAAACGCCGGACACAUUAUGGAAGACCCCAAUCGUAUGAUGGCUCAUACGGGCGGUAUGAUGGCUCCGCAAGCCUAUGGUAUGCCAGGUCAGGAUGAUGGACAAAAUACUGGAAACGAAAAUGAAGUGCGUAAACAGAAAGAUAUUGGUGAAAUUUUGCAGCAGAUCAUGAGCAUUUCGGAGCAAUCAUUAGACGAGGCACAAGCAAGAAAACACACUUUAAACUGUCAUCGUAUGAAGCCGGCUUUGUUUUCGGUGCUUUGUGAGAUUAAGGAGAAAACCGUCCUUUCCAUUCGUAAUACGCAAGAGGAAGAACCACCAGAUCCACAGUUAAUGCGUCUGGAUAAUAUGCUUAUCGCAGAAGGUGUUGCAGGACCAGAAAAAGGUGGUGGCGGUGCAGCGGCCGCUUCGGCAGCAGCAGCAAGUCAAGGAUCUUCCUUGUCGAUCGAUGGAGCUGACAACGCAAUUGAGCAUUCAGAUUAUCGAGCAAAACUUGCACAGAUUCGUCAGAUAUAUCAUCAAGAGCUAGAGAAAUAUGAACAGGCGUGCAAUGAAUUCACCACACAUGUUAUGAACUUACUUCGAGAACAAAGUAGGACCAGGCCAAUUACACCUAAGGAAAUUGAACGCAUGGUCCAAAUAAUUCACAAAAAAUUCAGCUCAAUACAAAUGCAGUUGAAGCAAUCGACGUGUGAAGCUGUAAUGAUAUUACGAUCUCGAUUUCUGGACGCUAGACGUAAGCGUCGCAAUUUUAGUAAGCAAGCUUCCGAAAUUCUCAAUGAGUAUUUCUAUAGUCACUUGAGCAACCCAUAUCCAUCUGAGGAAGCAAAAGAGGAGUUGGCGAGAAAGUGUGGAAUAACAGUUUCCCAAGUUUCUAAUUGGUUUGGUAACAAACGCAUUCGAUACAAAAAGAACAUAGGUAAGGCACAGGAAGAGGCCAAUUUAUAUGCUGCUAAGAAGGCAGCUGGUGCUUCGCCAUAUUCAAUGGCUGGCCCACCGAGUGGCACCACUACACCUAUGAUGUCACCAGCACCUCCACAGGAUUCUAUGGGCUACCCCAUGGGCUCAGGCGGGUACGAUCAGCAGCAAUAUGAUAACAGUAUGGGCGGUUACGACCAUACUCUACAUCAGGACCUUAGCCCUUGAGGCGGUUUAACAUACCACACUUCACAUGUAUACGAGCAAAAGUGAACAUAAAAAAUCACUUGUGAAAUAUAUUAAGAUACAUAUUUUUAUUAUUAAAUUAAAAACUUGAUAUGCUUCGUCAAUAUCUUAUUAUUAUAAUGUUAAUUUCAGACAAAGUAUUUAAUAUUUUUACAAUUCCUACAAAUCAUAUAAAAUUACUGAUACCUUAACUUUUUAAUUCCAAUAUACUUAUUUUCGUUAUCCUAAUCAAUAUCACACACAGUUCAUUUACCUAGGAGAUAUUUUAUUAUAAGCUUAAAAAGCAUAAAAACUUCACUUUAUUGUUCACUUUUGCUCCGCAGUGUGUAUACGCAAUUAACAAUAAUGUAUACGUAAUAUUGCAUACGAUAAUAUGUAGGCAUCUAUAUAUAUAAUUUGAAUUAAGCGUAACAAUCUUUUAUUGAAAUGAAAAUCCGUAUACGAAACUUUAGAUAUAAAUAUUAACAUACAUCAUAGUAAUAAAAAUAUAAAAAACAUGUGCAAAUUCAGAAGCAGCUAUCAAAAUCUACAAUUUUAAUUGUAUGGUAACAGCUAAAACAGCUAAUUAUAGAGUGCAAAUUCGAUGAUGUAUGUAGGUGUGCAUAUAAUAUUAAUACUUUGCCAAGCCCAAAAUUACGAUACUUAUAUUUUUUUUAGCACAACCUUUUAACUGACGAUACAUCUCAAAAGAGGUAGAUAAAAAAAAGUUAUACAAGCUAAAGCAAAAAUCUCAAUAUGAGCAUAUUUACUUAUCUAUUACCUAUGUACGUAACUAUUGUACUUUUGGCCAACAUUCUUCAAGUAUUUAAUAGAAAGUAUUGUAACAAGUUCUCUAAUAUAACUAUAAAAAGCAUUACCUUCGAUUUAUAAUGUGUAAUUAUUUUAAAUUAAUAAAGUAUAUAAAAAUGUGGCAAACAA